AUGAACUGCUUAUCUGACACCUGGGUGUGCUUCUGCACAAUUGUUUUGAUGACUGGCAACUUCGUACAAGCUUCAGAAGAUAACUCUAGGGAUGCCACGGCUGCUAACAACAACCACAACGGCGAGGCGAGAUUUGGGCGAGGUCUGCAGAUGUUACGGUUGGGGAAACGGUCAACAAACAGAGACUCCUUGGACCUGGUGCAGGCAGUCCCCAGUAUCAGACGGAGCCGGUCAGCCGAUGACCCAGAUAACAGUCAUCUGUCACCCAACGACGUUCAGGCGGUUUUAGCUUCCAUUUUCGACCAGCCCAGGGAUGAGACCAGGAGGCAGCCUCCACUACCCAGAUAUGGUCGGGACAGCAGCAGUAGCAACAUCAACGGAAGGUUUCUGGCCGACGCCCUCUCAGAUGACGCCAUUAUCUACCCACCAGAUUUCUUCCCCCUUUCAAAUCCCCGAAUCUUCUUUCGACCAGCUCCCCGCGGUGGUCGCUACCGAAGAUCCUUUCCCUUGGGAAGAUUCACUUAUGGGGAUUUCAUUUCCCAAGAUGCUUCAGGCAGGACUUUCGCCUUCCCAAGAUUUGGAAAUAUCGUGGACAAUGUUCCUCACGUACAUGCCAAAGCCGUACCCAGACCACGCAUUGGAAGAUUUCAGAACGAUCAGUCAGACGCAAGUUUUCAGUCCAAAUCAGCAUAA